UGUACGAAACCAAGUCUACAUAUUUGUUGUGGUGAAAUGAUGGUCACCAUACGAUGUGGAGAACUCGUUACUUAAAACGGCGGAUUGUUUUGAUUUUGUUACUGGGAGGCGGUUUCAUUUUUUUCUUAUCAAGCAAAUUAUCAAAGAAUUCCAAGCUUGUACCGGACGAAUACGAAAUAAAGCAUACAUUGUUAAGACAGCCAUUUGAAUGGCAGCCGAAGGUGUCUGAAGUGCAGCUUGGGGAGGGGAACUCUACAAAGAAACAGAUAUGCAGGAAUUCCGUCCAGGGGAAGAGUCUGAUAGUGGAUGAAAGAGGGUAUGUGUGUAAUCGUACGUCCGUGGAUGCCCGUGGAUGUUGUCAUGUAAAGAGAGGAUCUAGACUGACAUCAAAGCACCGCUGUGAUACUUGCUCCAAGAAUGCUUGUUGUGUUGUGUAUGAAUACUGUGUGGCCUGUUGUCUAAAGCCAGAUAAGAGACCUCUGCUGCAGAAGAUUCUGACAAACGCGAGGGAGGGACUCGACAUUGCCCUGGGCUCUGUGUCUGAUCACUUCGAACUCUGUCUGGCCAAAUGUAGAACAUCGUCCUCGAGUGUUCAACAUGAGAAUUCUUACCGCAAUGCGUUUGCCAAACACUGCUUUGGAGAAAAUCCCCCAGAACUGCAAGCUUUAAUGACAUAACUGAAUGCCUUAAUUGGCAAUGAUUUAUGUGUUGUGAGAAACUUGUGUUAU